UUGCUCUCUCUCUCUCUCUCUGUCCAUGCAGACAGCUGCUGUGGAUCAGACGGCUGGUGUCCAGGCCGACCUCCUGCCGAUCCUGACUGCGGCCUCUGUCUCUCAGGAGACCAGCCGUGGUGUCGGAGCCUCGGAUGGCCCGCUGCAGCAGGAGAGACCCAAGGAGCCGCAACCCCAGGCCCAGAGUGGACCGGGACCCGAGCCGGACAAGGGGAAGGCCAGGGGCAAGGGACCCUUUGUCUGCCCGCUUUGCUCGAAGGAGUUCAAGAACAAUUACAAUCUGCGAAGGCACCAGCGUACCCACUCGGGAGGGGCUAGGAGCCAGCUACAAGCUGCCUCGACCAACCCCAACCCUCCCACCAUGGUGCCCAUGGCCCUCCUCAGUAUGACCAUGGCUGGAGUAGGGGGUGGCCUGGGGUCAGCCGAGACAGCCUCCCAGCCGGCGGGACCCUCCCCGUCUCCCGCCCGGCGCAUCCGGAAGGAACACAGCUGCGAGCUGUGCGGGAAGGCUUUCCGUGACAUCUACCACCUGAACCGUCACAAACUCUCGCACUCGGACGAGAAGCCCUUCGAGUGUCCCAUCUGCCAGCAGCGCUUCAAGCGCAAGGACCGAAUGUGCUACCACGUCCGCUCGCACGAGGGUGGUGUCAACAAACCCUACCUGUGCAAUCACUGCGGCAAGGGCUUCUCCAGACCUGAUCAUCUCAACAGCCACGUCAGGCAGGUCCAUUCUACAGAGAGACCCUUCAAAUGUGAGGUACGUCCUCCCCGCAGCCUCUCCCCCAUCCCCACCACCUUGUUUUGGGGGAGGGAGGUAGGUAGGGGCGUGGUUUGGGGAGAGGGUUCAGGAAGGUGA